CGCUUUUCAUGCCGUGGUUUUCAUUUUUAGUUGCAACUACAAUCAUUGGAGACCUCUCAAAAAUCCUAGGCUGUGUGAUAUCUGUAUACAUUCAUACUGCUUUAAAUGACGAAAUGGAGGAAUCACUACAGGAAGCUUUGCAAAUUUUUCUAGUCUUUUUUCUUCGUUCAUGCUAUCAUUUGAAAAAAGAAAGUCAGCCAGGUGUCUGCAACGCCGAAAGUCAGUGAAAGGCUAAAGGGUCUGUGUAACGGCCAUCAGCG